AUGCAGCAGCUCAUGAGCAAAGACACGUGGUUCCGACACUUGAGGAAACAUCAUAAGAAUUUCGUGCGGUUGAAGUGCCGAACAGACGUGUGCGUCUACUGCCACAAGUAUGAUAACAGGGUCAUACCGAUGCUGCGACGCGAGAUCGGCACAUGUAGAGGUAACAUUACGGCAGUGGAGGCUUCAUACUUCAAUCGCUUCGACAAGGAGUGGGAAUCGCUGCAAGAGACCAGUCCGCAUCCAGAAGGCAAGGAUUCUCUGGCGUACCUGAGGAGAAUGCGGAGGUACAUCGACAUAAACUGUGACAGGCGUGUGAAUGUGCCCACGGUUCCUGGCACCGGUAUGAAACGAUUGCAGCUGCGAGAAGCAGAAGCUGCAGCAUCCGUGUCUUUGGGCAAGCAGCUUGACGUGCUCGAGAGUUGUAGCCACCACUUCGAAGUCGUCGAGAGGCAGAGCCUGGCACGCGAGUCGUUAGAGCAGUCUCUGCCCAGGUGCUGCGUGGAUGUGCAGCUGGAUUUCAUGGAGAAUAUGACUUGGCCUUUGGGUCCGGAAGAGGCACAAGAUUGGUUUUGGGCAACUGCCAGAGAAUCCAUGACGACACUUGGGUUUUAUGUCCACUACUGGUCAGAAGAGAGCGAAAUGAGAGAGUAUCACCAUUAUAUCAGUCAAAUUCUUAACCACGACGCCAGCCAUGCUGUUACGGCUUUGGAAGAUCUCCUCAGACGGCUGCCUUUGACCGCCGAGCACACUGAGCUUAACGUGUGGGCAGACUGCGGACCGCACUUUCGUUGCUACGAGUUCGCGCGGGCUAUCAAAGAGCAGUGUGACAAGCGCUUUGAGAAUGCCACGUUGAACUUUCACGCAGAGCACCAUGGAAAAGGACGGUGCGAUGGUGCCUUCGGCCUGCAGAGACGCUGGGUCAGCGAUUGGGCUAGGGAGCACACAAUCGAGAGUUUGGAGGACAUGCAGGCUGCACUGGAGGCAGGAGCUGCUGGUACGAUGGUGCUGGAUCCACCUCCAGGUGGGCCUGCGUACAAGAUUGUGAAUUUCACGCCGACGAAGCCCGCGCAGAUCAAGAAACUUGAUGCCGGCCCCACAGAUCUCUCCAUCGAGUACACGUACUGUAUUCAGUUCAAGCGAGGGCGGCGCGGAGUUGAGCUCUAUAACCUGGUUUUCUCGGACCGCGUCUCUGGCGAGCGUAUCUUGCCUCUCAGCCACAUUCUCAUCAAGACUGAUGCUGCAUGGCGUAUGAGCUACCGCAAGACAGCGCCAGAGAAGGAUCCGCUCAACGUGGCUCUCCUCGCUAGGAGGAGAGAAAAACAGCUGCGUUUCGCAUCGUCUGGUAAAGAUGGUGCCUGCAGGCGAGCUUCUUUCAUGAAGGCGAUGCUUCAAAGAGAAAGGAGAGCGGCCAAGCAGAAGAGCAAGGCAGCUCGCACAAAGGCUGUUUUGGCUGUGAACUUGGCCGAAGCUGCUGACAGCAGCUCCAGCAGCAGCAGCAGCAGCAGUUCGAGCUGA